ACAGCCUCGCUCCCUCUCUCUCUCUCUCACUCGCUCGCUCUCUUUUUUUUUUUUUCCUUCUCAAUCCGGUCAGCGAAUCGUCGGCUCGCUCCGCCAUCACCGGGGACCAGCGCCACGUCUUCUGGAACAUCUUUAGGACUUUUUCAGGACGUAACGUCUCGUCUCCCCCGAUUAAAAGGGAUUUCCUGCAAGAUGGAAAAAUAUCUUCUCCUCGUCUACAUCCUCAGCUUCAUCACAGCAACCGCAUCCACCAAUAUCCAGGGGCCGGCGGAGGAGGCGGAGGACACCUUCGAGGCAGACGUCUUGGCAUUCGGUGUCACGAGGAACAAGAUCAUGACGGCGCAGUAUGAAUGUUACCAGAAAAUCCUGCAUGACCUGCCGCAGGAGAGGGAAGGUCGGUAUUGUAACAGGACGUGGGACGGCUGGCUAUGUUGGGGCGACACGCGUAUGGGAGAAAUCUCCGAGCAGCGCUGUCCAGACUACUUCCAGGACUUUGACCCCACUGAGAAAGUCACCAAGGAAUGCGAUGACAAAGGCAACUGGUUCCGGCACCCCGAGAGUAACAGGACGUGGAGCAAUUACACCCGAUGUAACAAACACACCCACGUCAAGGUGAAGACGGCUCUUAAUUUGUAUUAUCUGACUAUCAUUGGACAAGGAUUGUCGAUUGCCUCGUUAUUAAUAUCACUGGGAAUCUUUUUUUAUUUCAAAAAUUUAAGCUGCCAGAGGAUCACCCUUCACAAAAAUCUUUUUAUGUCCUUCGUGUGCAAUUCCAUCGUCACCAUUAUUUCGCUGACAGCUGUGGCCAACAACCAGACUUUAGUUGCCACCAACCCGGUGAGCUGCAAGAUCUCCCAGUUCAUCCACUUCUAUCUGAUGGGAUGCAAUUACUUCUGGAUGCUGUGUGAAGGGAUCUACCUCCAUACACUCAUAGUGGUGGCCGUGUUUGCCGAGAAGCAGCACCUGAUCUGGUAUUACCUACUAGGAUGGGGGUUCCCUCUGAUUCCAGCAUGCAUACACGCAGUGGCAAGAAUUUUUUAUUAUAACGACAACUGCUGGAUAAGUUCCGACACUCACUUGCUUUAUAUUAUUCAUGGACCCAUUUGUGCGGCUUUAUUGGUGAACCUGUUCUUUCUGCUGAACAUUGUGCGCGUGUUAAUCACAAAACUGAAAGUGACGCAUCAGGCAGAAUCCAACCUGUACAUGAAAGCAGUGCGAGCCACCCUCAUCCUCGUGCCUCUUCUUGGAAUCCAGUUUGUAUUGUUGCCAUGGAGACCGGAAGGACACAUAGCGGAGGAAAUAUAUGACUAUGUCAUGCAUAUUCUCAUGAAUUACCAGGGGUUGCUGGUGGCCACUAUAUUUUGUUUCUUCAAUGGAGAGGUUCAAGGUGUUCUGAAAAGACAUUGGAACCAGUACAGGAUCCAGUUCGGAAAUAGCUUUGCCCAUUCUGAGGGUCUCCGAUCGGCAUCCUACACCAUAUCCUCCAUCAGCGAGGCGCAGGGCACCACCUUUACCCAUGACUAUAACAGCGAGCACACAAACGGGAAGAACUGCCACGACAUGGAGAACAUGUCCUUCAAACAGGACAAGCCAUACAUGUGA